AUGUCGCUCGAUCCCCCUCCUUACCUGGGUUCGCUCCAAAACAACAUUCGUCAGCGACCGGUUCCCUGGGAUGGCGCAGCUAGAGCAGGCACUAUCACCGAGGCCCAAUUGGCCAAGAUUAGAGCAGUCGAUAAAGUGAAAAGAGAACAACGAAAACAAGUAGUCGAAAGCGAUCUUGAUGGUUACCGAAUAUUGUUUGUUGGAGGACCGGGCACGACAGGCGUUCUCGAGUCGGCAAGCAAACGUUCCGAUGUUGUUCAAUACAUAUUGGUCUUAUUGAGCGAUCUGCUCGAAGGCGUCCCAGCGCUCGCGAAAGCACUCUUUAGAGAUCCGGACCCGUAUCAACAUCUUCUACCUCUUCUUGCGCGCUCGAAUAAUUCCGAGGAUACCAUCCCUCUGCUCACCUCUACCGUCCUUACUGCCCUUAUGGCCAACUCUAAAGACGAAUCCUCAUCGACGGAACAUGCCUUACCUUUAAUUCUAAGCUACCUCUGCGGUUUAGUAAAAAACUCGAAUGAUGCAGGAUUGCAAGAUAUCGCAGUCAUGGAAUACUCCUCUCUCCUAUACGGACAAUCAUCCAGACAGCUCUUCUGGAAGCAGAGAAGCGAGACGGUUGCUCCUUUAAUCGAGAUUCUUCGAAAAGCUGCGGGCGUUGGUGGAGAGUCUUCUGCUAGUCUAUGGAGCGGCAACACUACGACCAGGAGCGGUGGUUUCGAGGGCAUUAGUGGUGGAGUCGGGCUGCAGCUGCUAUACCAUGUCCUGCUGGUACUUUGGCAACUAAGUUUCGAGGCAGAAGAUAUCGGUAACGACCUGGAUGACGAAUACGACAUCAUUCUUUUAUAUACUCAGUUACUACGGCUCUCGCCAAAGGAGAAGACUACGCGCCUUCUUCUAUCGACGCUGUAUAACUUUCUCGAAGCUAAUCCUUCCACGCUUCUCCCUACGGCAGUUCUAGCGAGACUUCCCGCUCUACUUCAAAACUUUAGCGGCCGUCAUCUUACGGACCCGGACUUGCAGGAGGACUUAGAAAAGCUAAAGGAGAUGCUAGAAGAGUACCAGAAGACCAAGACCACAUUUGACGAGUACGUCGCAGAGGUUCAGACUGGACAUCUAAGAUGGUCACCACCUCACCGUCAUCAAGUCUUCUGGGUUGAGAACGCACGAAAGAUUCUAGAGUUCGAGAACGGCGAAAUUCCACGAAAAUUGGCGGAUAUCAUGAAGAAGCCAUGGGAGAACGACAAGGCGGUAUUGGCAAUCGCUUGCAACGAUGUCGGCUGUCUAGUCAAGGAAGUACCAGAGAAGAGAUACCAACUAGAGAAAUUGGGAUUAAAGACUCGCAUCAUGGAGCUCAUGCAGGAUUCCGACGAGAAUGUGCGAUGGGAGAGCUUACGGGCUCUCGGGGGUUGGCUCAAGUACAGCUUCGAGAGCAACUGA